AUGGAACACUGGUCUCAACAAACACUCAGGAUGGGAGUUGAGAUACUCUACUUCUAUAAUGUACCCCAACAACGAUUAGAAGAUUAUUCCGCAGAGGCUACAAGCUUGAAAAUUGCAACUUCUGGUAAUCCAAGUGGUGGCUAUAUCUUAACUGAAGGUGCUCCUAUGCUGGCGGGAACAUGCGGGCUGCGGGGAGAGCUUGAGGCGGGGAAAGGAAUGAGAGCCGGGGAACGGCAAGGUUCAUUCAUUUCUCUUCUUUCAAUCUUGUGUCUCUUCCUACAUCCACCCCCACAAAGUUGCUGCUUGUACAGGCUCCAACAUAUAACAGGAUGCACUCGUUGCAGAUCCAGCCAUACAAAAUGUGAUGAAAACGUCCUCGCUGCGGGCGCUGUCAGAGACUCGAGCUUGAGUGCCAGCCAUCUGACUUCAUUAUCCCCUCGAACUGGAACUCCUCAUCCUCUCGGGCACAAACUAUAGACCAGGGAGCUCCUUUCCCGGCCUCCACCUGGGACGUAUUCAAUAAUACUUCUACAUCAUUGGGCAAUGCACUCACACCCAUCCAACCCAUCCCCUCUACUAAAUCACCAUCACCUCCAACUCUCGAUGCAGAAAAGGUAGCACUACUCCAAGAAUACCAAAACGGAGUAGGAACAUGGGUAAGUCUAUUCGACAGCCCUCGCCAUCUCACGCACACCAUUGUCAAACGUGCCCUUGGAUCCCCACUACUUCUAAACGCGAUAUGCGCCCUCACCGCCAGACAAAUGAGCAUAGCGGGUAGAGGCGACAUGUGGAAAACCACCGCCGUUCAUUACUACGGAGAGAGCCUCCAUCAUUUGAUUCAUACGUUGAAUGGCCCAUCAUAUGGUUCUGAUGAUACCCUCGCUGCAACGGUUCUACUGAGUAGCUACGAGCUGUUUACAUCUCCAGGUCUAGAUCAUCAUCGCCAUGUAUCGGGUGCUGUGACUCUGAUCAGGACUAAUCCACAUAAUGCUAGCUCUGGAGGCUUGAAGGCUGCAGCUUUCUGGGUGUAUGCGCGGCAGGAUGUUGCCAUGGCCUUGGUACAUGAGUGUCCUACUAUGCUUUUGCCGGAUGAGUGGGGGGUGGAGUGGACUGAUCAAGAGAUGGAUGAGGAUUAUUUAGAAAAUAAGAUUAUUUGGAUUGUGGCUAAGGUUAUAGCGCAUACGUUUGGGGGAUUGCGAUUGGUUGAAGAGUUAGAGACCUGGAGGGGGUCGUUGCCUACAUCAUUUGCUGGUAUACCUUUUGGUGAUUCUUCUGAAGAAGAAUUUAUCAAGCUGUUAUUUGCAAUUCCGUCGACAGCACAUCUGCUAUUACUCACGGAAGGACGCAAUUCAUCCCUUGCGGGUGAGAUUUCACAGGAUGAAGUGGAUAAACAUGCACGAUCUGUGGCAAGUAUAGCUUCAUUAUCUAUAUCGGAUGCUUCACUUGUGCAAGCAGCGCAGCCAUUAUAUUACUCAAAACACAUAUCCACUAUUGCUGAGAAGUUUCGAAUGUGGACACUAUUAGACGGCAUUGAAAACCGGCUCGGAUUCCAUACCGGUCAUCGCAUCAAGCAGCUGCAACAACAAUUUAAGUUGAUUUGA